CGCAGCGACGGCUUCGCGAGUGUUAUGAUUCCCCGUCGUUCGAAGUGGAUCGAAAUUGCGUGAGGCGGGCACAGUGCCAAAACACACGAUUCUUCGCAAUUCGCAACCCGUCAAUCGUCAAUGUUUGCCUUCGCUAGCUGCCCCGGACCCGAAAAGUACGCAGUAGUCUGGGACUUAUCUUCUGCUGGCGUCACGUCGCCCCAAAAUGCCCUGCGAGCGGUGCAAAGUGAACUUUACGGUCUGGGCCCGCAAAAAGUCCUGUUACGAGUGUCGCCGACUGUUCUGCAGGAACUGUCUGUCGAAGGGAGGCGAGCGGUCGCUCUGCCAGAACUGUGCUAUUUUCACCAAGCGCCCCUUAUCUCGCACCGAUUUAGCCCCGCUGAAAGUGCGCGAUUUGAUUUUUUACCUACAAUCGAAGCACAUUUCCACAUCCGGUUGUGUUGAAAAAGAUGACUUAAUUAACCUCGUGAUUGCUCACGUCAACUCGGGUGGUAGCUCUCCGCGUACGCAGGGCAGCUUCAGUCCUACUGGGUCCGCUUCCGGUGGCUCGUCCCGAUAUGGAAGUUUCUAUCGCAGUGGCACCAAAAACUGCUCCAACACUUUUGAUCAGAUCAAAAGCACGUGCCAGAAUUUGUUUUCCAAUUUUAGUGACAAAUUCAACGGAGAAGUUCCCGACGCUGGCGGUGGCGUGAACGGCGGACAGAAUGGGUUCUCGCCCAACGAGGAGCAACGGCACAUUUUUUCGCAACCACGCUUUGGUAGCAACAACGUGUACAAUGUCGAUCCGGGCAGUGUGUCGCGAAAUGCGGCCGACGAUUCGCCACCAGGGGCUGCCACCGAGGGUAACCAAAGAGUGCCAAUGGAGAGCGAGACGUUCUCGGCCACCGAACGGUCAGCGGCCGGAAGCAGUGGUGCUAGUAGCAGCGGAACAACGAGUGGUGCCGAUUCCAGUGCCGCAUCGUCAUCCUUUUCUUCGCCAUAUCGCGAAGUCCCCGUUCCGGUCGACCCGAAGAAAGGUGCUCGUCAGGUGCUGAAUGAUCGUAUCGAAAACAUUCUGGCCCUAGAGCCGAACGGAACGGGAUGUGAGUGUUGCUCCGAGGAUGAGGAAGAAAACGCCAGCGCCAAACAGCGGCCACCGGGCACCAGUGGCGAGGACGAAUUGCCUCGCAAGUCGCUCUUUUCCCGCAGAAGCGUUUCGCAGACGAAUUUACUACACUUCGAUGGCGCCGGUCCGAGUCAAACCCCUGGUACCACCUUAACUACCCAUUUGAAGCCGGAAUCGAAAAGUGCAAGCCCUUCGUCAUCGUUCGACGAGCUGCUUGCGUAUGGCGAACGGAGCAGCAGUAAUGCGGACCAUGUGGCCCCCACAGAAACGGUCCCUUCGGCUGACACGGAUGCGCUGAUGGCGACGGGCACGUCGAUGGACACGGAUCAGUGGCAAUUCAUAAACAGUUCCGACGUAAACGGCACACACGAAGUGGCCAGUGAGCUUGCCAUGACGGACAACACGGCAAUGGACAAUGAGGUUGCGAGCGACGAAAGCUUGAGCCAAUCGGACAACAAACCGAAACCUUACAUUCCACUCGGACAGAGUCCAAGCAAUGUCGCCCUUCCGGCGUUUACACGACGUCGAUCGGAUAGCUACCUUUUGUCGGCCUCCGCAGCGCAGCGCCAUUCCGUCGGGACGGCGGUCGAACAAUCAGGCUCGGGUUCCAUGCAAACCAUUGCCGGUGGAGCUUUGGCCACACGCGUGACCAGCACCGCCAAUAUCGAGGCCAUUCCGAGCUCUAGUCAUCACUCGACCAACGGUGGCAUGUGUUUGCGCUGUGGCAAACGACGGAAUGGCAUUCGAAGGCAGCUGAAGAAGUUCCGGCGCCAGCUGGAAGCGGCUACCGGUGCCUCGGAGGCCGAUAAACGGCGACAGCUCGAAGCGUUCCUUAGCUAUCUCGAGCGACGCAGUAAGGGCUCGGUCGAGCUCACCGAUACGGAUUCCAUCACCGAAGAGGCAAGCGUUAGUGAGGAAGGGACGGACGGCGCUAGGCGCGACCGAAGGGGAACGAUGGACGAAGGAGUAGAGGGAGCACAAGCACUGCCAUCGGAACAGGCCGAGGAUGCUGAGGCCGCCGGUUUCGAGGUGCAACAUUCCAAUCACGAACAGACGGUGGACGAUUCCGUUUGCACCAACCUUUACUCGUCCGGCAAUCUGCAGCUAAUCAAUAUGAAGCAAAUAAAACUAAGUGACAUCAAGGAAAGUGCCGAUCUUGAUGUGCUGUCCGUAAAGCAGUUGAAGGGAAUUUUAAUGGUAAACCGUGUGGACUUUAAAGGAUGCUGCGAGAAGGCUGAACUGAGGGAACGAGUACUGCGUCUGUGGCGCGAUUACAAGUCCAUCCCCUCCAUUGAAAUGCUCACGUCAGACGAUUUGUGCAAAAUUUGUAUGGAUGCACCGAUCGAGUGUGUUAUACUGGAGUGUGGACACAUGACGACGUGUACCGCCUGCGGGAAAGUGCUGAGCGAGUGUCCAAUCUGUCGCCAGUACAUCGUGCGGGUGGUACGUUUCUUCCGAGCCUAAGAAGACGAAACGAGGGUGACGAACACUCGUUACAAACGAAAACACGGAAUGUCGUUCGUUGUAGUACCGUUUCCCCCUAGGAGAACCUCUCCAUUACCUUUCGUUGGGUAGCUGUUAAUAAUGUCCUGCCCCACCCCGCAAGUUCCACCCGAGAAAUUGUUGCCUUAGUUUCGUAAUGGCUCAAAUGUCCAAAGUUUUCCUUUUUUUUAACAAUGCCGAGCAACGAAAGGCCGAUGCUUAACGAGUAGCGUGUUUUACGAAACAUUGCUUCCCUCAGGGAGCGUAGCAUUUAGUAUGAUUUAUUUUGAAAUGGAGGACGAAACAAGUACCACAAGAAAUGGUAGUUUCAACAGCCGAACGCGACGAAAAGGACAAUGCACACAAUCGACAAAUAAUAUUAACCUUAAGGAGGGCGCAAUCGCGAGAGAGAGAGAGAUAAAUAAUCUGAAGGAGGAAGACAAACGAACAUUGUGAUCUAGUUAAUCUAGGGUAAAAUCAAAAACAGAGAAGCUAACACAGAACUGAGCAUAGGCCGAACACGGCGGGUGGCAGCAGGAUAGCAUGGCGCGAGAAAGAUAGGGCCCUACUCGCAACAGACCGCGCUCACGGUUAGACGGUAUUCCUUAACUCCGAGAAGCUCGGUUGAAGAACUGCGAUAAACGCUGCUAGUCGCGAAUGAACCCGGUACGAAGCUGUACGACCGGCUGCAAACUGUUUCCAAAACAAAACUCCGCUACAGACAGCGUUGAACGCAUAACUAUUUAAUUCCGCCGGCGGGACAAGCCUAAGAUAAGCAGAAAACGCUCAUUUCGGUUUCCUUUGUCGUGUUUCCCGUGUCCAGCCAAAAACCCUCUCCUUGGUUAGUACGACCCAGAAACUGUCGGCCCGCGAAAACCUGGCACAUUCUAACCGAGGCUAGCGAGCCAGAGGGUGAAGGGCGAAACUGCAUCUAAAGCAAACCAAGUUUCGAACUAACAUUAAUUCUUCGCUUUAGAACUUUCCACAUCGUUGAAGAAGUGUGCAUGCAACACUGUUUAUAAAUUCCAAUUCCAAAAUAGUGUAAUUCACGU